AUGCUGAGAAUCGAGGAAAAUUGCAUUUAUCCUUCUGAAAUCACUGUUAUCAACACAAUGCUGGUGACAUGUGCUGUUUGCUGCUACCUGUUUUGGCUGAUUGCGAUUCUGGCUCAACUCAACCCUCUCUUUGGGCCGCAGUUAAGCAAUGAAACAAUCUGGUAUCUUAAAUAUGACUGGCCUUAA